AUGGCAUCGUUUUCACGUUUGAUUCGGUUCAUUCCCAAAUCAACAUCGUCAUCCACUCCUCUGAUAGGUGAACCGGUAGAUGCUGGUUUGGAUGUCGGUCUAGCAUCUUACGAGUCGGAGCCCAUCGAGGUCGAGGUGUAUUCCGGUCAUUCUGUCCUCAGUCCUGGUGAGAAAACCGGUAAGAGGGAGCUAGUCAGCAGGCUGUUGAGUCCAUUAGGUCGGGAGGAAGUGGGUACCAUCAGAUGUAUCGGGUUGAACUAUGUGAAUCACGCCAAAGAAGUGAAUCAACCAAUCCCCACGACUCCCACUCUCUUCAUGAAACCCUCCACGGCUCUUGGUGACCCCUUCCCUGCACCAAGUACCAUACCUAAAGCGUAUGUCCCAGAUGAUGCGGCGGAUUAUGAAGCCGAAGUGGCGAUAGUGAUUGGGAAACAAGCGAAAAACAUCAGCGAGGAAGAAGCGCUGGACUAUCUACUAGGCAUAACCGCUGCCAACGAUCUCUCCUCUCGGGAAGCUCAAUUCAGAACGUCGCAAUGGUCUUUUUCCAAAUCUUUCGAUGGUGCUUGUCCCAUUGGACCCGCUAUAGUACACAAGGAUCAUAUUAAGAGCCUGGCAGAUGUCAAAGUUGAAGGUGAACUGAAUGGAAAGAUUGUGCAGGAAAGUAGACUGGACGACCUGAUCUUUCCGAUACCCAAGAUCAUCUCUUUCUUAUCACAAGGUACAACCCUUCAACCUGGAACCAUCAUUCUUACAGGUACACCCGCCGGUGUUGGAUGGACAGCUAGCCCUAGAGUGACUCUCAAACAAGGGGAUGAGUUUAGGGUAUGCGUAUCUCAUGGAGUGGGCACUUUGAUCAACAAGAUUGAGGAGGAGAAGUAA